GAGCGGGGCGGGCGGAGCCGCUGCCGGUGCCGGCCCCUGGCCCAGCCGGGGUCCCUCCAUGCCGCCAUGGCCCCCCGCGCCCCCCGCGCCCUGGCCCUGCUGCUCGUGAUCGGCGCCCUCGCAUCUGAGCGGCCCCCCCAAAACACCAGCGAUGCCGAGGGGAGAGCCUGGGUGGGCUCAUUGGAGAGCAGCCCCCCGAAAUGGGACCUGGCGAACGGAGACCCCCCGGGGGGACCCAGCAACAGCACCAGCCCCGAGGGGGCCGCGGCAGGACCCCAGCUAGAGCCCCCCGGGGGGGGCACGGCCACCACGGACCCGUCGGCGACGCCGGAGGGGUGCCCGGGGUGCUCCGGGGAGGGCGAUGCCAGCGCCGUUCCCCCCGGGGCCGUGACCUGGCCCGGGGCCGGGGGGACGGUGCCCGUGGCCCUGGGCAGCCCCGAGGAGCCGGGGAGCGGCGAGCGGCCCACGGCGGCCUCCCUGCCCAGCCCAGGGGGCGUCGGGGGUCUCCCGGCCGCCCCGCCCAGCCCCCCCGGCCCCCAGCUCGCCACCGACUCGGCCGAAUCUGAGCUGCUGCCGGCGGCCGGGGGCUCGGCCGCGCCCCCGAGCCCCGCGCCGGGCGAGCCCAGCCCCGUGCCCGCCGCCGCGGGGGACUCGGGGGGUCCCCCGGAGCUCUGGGCGGCCCCGUCCAGCCCGGCCCCGGCGCAGGGGGCUCGCGGCUGGACGGACCUGACGUGGCUGCAGGAGCCCAUCACGGCGGCCACGGGCCCGGCCAAGCCGCCGCCCGGCCGGGCGGGCUCCGACAUCAUCGACGUCGACUACUACGACCUGUUCGAGGGGGGCGACGGACUGGGGGGCUUCCCCGGGGCCGGCCGGGAGGCGGCCGGGUCGGCGCGGCGGAGGGAGCCCGAGGGGGCGGCCACGCCCUGGGCCCUCCACGAGCUCUACGACGACUUCACGCCCUUCGACGACGCCGAUUUCUACCCCACCACCUCCUUCUACGCCGACGGGGACGACGAGGACGAGCUGGAGGACGAGGAGGAAGAGGAGGAGGAGGAAGACAGGGAGCUGGAGGAUGAGAACGGCUACCGGCCGCCCGCCUCGGCCGUGCCCGGCGCCGCCCCGGCCCCGCAGGACCCCCGGCCCACCGGGCGCCGGGACGCGGCCCCGCUGCCGUCGGGCGUGGCCGGGGGCAGCCCCACGGCCUGGCCACGGCCCGGGGAGCGGGGCCAGCCCGACAACGGCUCCGAGUGCCGGAGCGGGUACGUGCGGCACAACAGCUCCUGCCGCUCCCUCUGCGACCUCGUGCCCAGCUACUGCCACAACGGCGGCCAGUGCUACCUGGUGGAGAGCCACGGGGCCUUCUGCCGGUGCAACACGCAGGACUACACGUGGCACAAGGGCACGCGCUGCGAGUCCAUCGUCACCGACUUCCAGGUGAUGUGCGUGGCCGUGGGCUCGGCCGCGCUCGUGGUGCUGCUGCUCUUCAUGCUCACCGUGUUCUUCGCCAAGAAGCUCUACCUGCUCAAGACGGAGAACAGCAAACUGCGCAAGACCAAAUACCGCACCCCGUCCGAGCUGCACAACGACAACUUCUCCCUGUCCACCAUCGCCGAGGGCUCCCACCCAAACAGAGAAGCGAAGGGCUUUGCGGAGCCGGAGGAGGAGCGUAGGUCCCUCUAAGCCAUUCCCUAUCCACGGUGUUCCCAUCUUCCAACGCCUUUAGCAGCCGUAGCUGCCCUGACAGGAGGCUCCCGGGGCCUGCUCCCACUGCUGAGAGGAUGAACCUCGGGAUGGAUCCGGUGCCGCUCCCGGCGUCUCACCGGGGUCUGACUCGUCCCUCGUCCCUCCGGGAUGUGGAGGGUUUGGCACAUGGUGUAGCACACUGAGGAUGCAGAGGGAUCAGAAGGGGCAACACCCCUGGGAAAGGGGUUUUUGGGACCCCACGGGGGGCUGAUGGCACCAGCCCCGGACUGGCCGGACGUCGCUGCCCAGGAGAUGGAGGUUCCCGUCCUCGUGUGACACCACCCUCGGUGUCCGUGUCCAUCCGUCACUCUCCGUGUGGCACCAGGAACACCGUAACCACCACGCCCAUCCCGCCCUGGCAGCCCCCCAUGCCAGGGCUCGUCCUGCCCCACCAGUGCCAACGGUGCCACCAGGACCCUCCGGGCACAGCCGUCACCUGGCACAGCCGGAGCUCAGCCCCGGUGCCGGAGGGGCCGCUCCCCCGGGGAUGUGGGACAAACUCGGGGCACAGCCCAGCCCCGGGGAGGGGAAGAUGCUCCUGGGGGGGUGCAUUGGGAAGAGUGUCCCUGGCUUUGCCAGCGGCACGGCGGGACCAGCUGUACCCUGAGGAUCCGCAAUAAAUCCAGCCCCUCUGGCCUCCUGCCA